GUCUUUCUGUUUGUCUAACAAUGGCUCAGCUGGCCGGCCCUGAUGAAAUAGAGUCAUUUCGGAUUGAGUUAGCAGAGAUUGAAAGAAACAUAAGAACCUCAUUCAGGAGUCAAGUGCCGAGUUUUCAUAGUGUUUCAAAUGGGAGUUCUGAGCACAUUAGGGAUGCAGAUGAUGAAGAUAUGUUACAGUGGGCUACUGUUGAGAGAUUACCCACCUUUGAACGGAUUACUACUGCUUUAUUUGAGGAGCAAGAUUGCACUGCGGCAAAUGGAGAUGCUAAGGGGAAAACAAUUGUCAAUGUUUCCAAACUUGGGGCUCAGGAGCGGCAUGUGUUCAUCGAGAAGCUCAUCAAGCACAUUGAAAAUGAUAAUCUCCGAUUGCUGCGGAGACUUAAGCAAAGGAUUGACAAAGUUGGUGUGAAGUUUCCCACUGUGGAAGUGAGAUACAGAAAUCUUUGUGUUGAAGCAGAAUGCGAGUUAGUUCACGGAAAGCCUCUACCCACUCUGUGGAACACUGCCAAGAGCUUGCUCUCUGGGUUUGCCAGUCUCUCAUGCUCAAAACGGAGAACCAAGGCAGGCAUCUUAAAAGAUGCCGGUGGCAUUCUUAAGCCAGGAAGAAUGACGUUAUUGCUCGGCCCCCCAGGAUGUGGCAAAACCACUUUGUUGUUGGCUCUGUCUGGGAAACUAAGCCAUGCUCUCGAGGUCUCGGGAGAGAUAUCUUACAAUGGUCACAGCUUGGAAGAGUUUGUUCCUCAGAAAUCCUCAGUGUAUAUAAGCCAACACGAUCUGCAUAUUCCAGAGAUGACGGUGAGGGAAACAAUUGAUUUUUCUGCACGUUGUCAGGGCAUAGGAAGCAGAGCUGAUAUCAUGAUGGAAGUCAUUAGAAGAGAGAAGCAAGCGGGGAUACUUCCAGAUCCUGAUGUGGAUGCUUACAUGAAGGCAAUAUCAGUUGAGGGACUGAAAAGUACACUUCAGACAGACUACAUAUUGAAGAUUCUAGGACUUGAUAUUUGUUCUGAUAUAAUGGUUGGGGAUGCCAUGAGAAGAGGUAUCUCAGGUGGUCAGAAGAAAAGGCUGACUACAGGGGAGAUGAUUGUGGGGCCCGUGAAAGCACUCUUCAUGGAUGAAAUAUCAAAUGGCUUAGACAGUUCAACCACUUUCCAGAUUAUGUCUUGUAUGCAGCAUUUGGCUCACAUUACUGAUGCAACUGUAUUGAUUUCCCUACUUCAGCCAGCACCGGAGACCUUUGAUCUAUUUGAUGAUAUCAUUCUAAUGGCUGAAGGGAAGAUUGUUUAUCACGGGCCACGUUCUACUAUUAGCAAAUUUUUUGAAGACUGUGGAUUCAGGUGCCCUGAAAGAAAAGGCAUAGCGGACUUCCUCCAAGAGGUUAUCUCAAGAAAAGAUCAAGGGCAAUACUGGCACCGUACUGAACAACUUCACAGUUACAUACCAGUUGACCAGUUUGUUAAGAAAUUCAAAGAAAGCCAGUUUGGUGAGAAGCUAGACAAGGAGCUGUCAAGGCCAUUUGAUAAGUCUAAAAGCCACAAGAAUGCCUUAACCUUCUCUAAAUAUUCAUUAACAAAGUGGGAACUCUUCAAAGCUUGCAGUAUGAGAGAAUUUCUUAUGAUGAAGAGGAAUUCUUUUAUAUACGUGUUAAAAUCUAUACAGCUAGUUAUUGUUGCUUCAAUAUGUAUGACAGUCUUGCUGCGUACAAGAAUGGGUGUUGAUGAGAUCCACGCAAAUUAUUACAUGGGUGCUUUAUUCUAUGCCCUUGUUAUAUUAGUUGUUGAUGGAGUUCCAGAGUUACAGAUGACUACCUCCCGACUUGCAGUUUUUUAUAAGCAGAGAGAGUUAUACUUUUAUCCUGCUUGGGCUUAUGCGAUCCCAGCUGCUAUUCUUAAAGUUCCACUUUCUUUAAUGGAAGCUUUUGUUUGGACAGCCCUUACUUACUAUGUCAUUGGUUACAGCCCUGAGCUUGAAAGGUUCCUCCGGCAAUUUCUUAUACUAUUUCUGUUACAUUUAGCAUCAUUAUCCAUGUUUCGUUUUGUUGCCUCAAUCUUCCAAACCGCGGUUGCUUCAAUGACAGCUGGAAGUAUCGCUAUUAUGGGUUGUUUACUAUUUGGUGGCUUUGUAAUCCCAAAACCCUCUAUGCCUGCUUGGUUGCAAUGGGGAUUUUGGAUUUCUCCAAUAACAUAUGGUGAGAUAGGUUUGACGACAAAUGAGUUUCUUGCUCCUCGAUGGGAAAAGAUUGUGUCCGGUAACACAACCAUAGGGCAACAAACACUAGAAAGCCGAGGGUUAAACUUCCAUGGCUAUUUUUAUUGGAUAUCAGUUGGUGCCUUGAUGGGGUUGGCUUUACUUUUCAACAUUGGUUUUACCUUGGCUUUAACGUUCUUGAAACCUCCGGGAAACUCUAGAGCUAUCAUUUCUUAUGAGAGGUACUAUCAACUACAAGGGAGAAAGGAUGAUGUUGAUGGUUUUGACGAAGACAAAAAACUCCACAGCGCUAAUGAAUCUAGCCCCGGCCCUAAAAAAGGAAGGAUGGUUUUACCUUUUGAACCCCUUGUGAUGACAUUUAAGGACGUGCAAUAUUAUGUUGACACCCCCUUGGAAAUGAGAAAACGAGGUGUUUUGCAGAAGAAGCUCCAGCUUCUAUCCGACAUUACUGGUGCAUUCAGGCCCGGUAUUCUUACAGCACUGAUGGGGGUUAGUGGAGCCGGGAAAACGACUCUUAUGGAUGUUCUUUCUGGAAGGAAAACUGGUGGUACUACUGAAGGAGAGAUUAGGAUUGGCGGGUACCCAAAGGUUCAAGAUACAUUUGCUAGAAUAUCCGGUUAUUGUGAGCAAGCAGACAUACAUUCCCCUCAAAUAACUAUAGAAGAAUCUGUAGUUUUCUCUGCUUGGUUGCGGCUCCCAUCUGUCAUUGAUCCGAAAACUAAAUUUGAUUUUGUCAAUGAAGUCCUUGAAACUAUUGAGCUUGAUGGGAUUAAGGAUUCUUUAGUAGGCAUUCCAGGAAUUAGUGGUUUAUCAACUGAGCAGCGUAAACGACUGACUAUAGCUGUGGAGCUAGUUUCCAAUCCAUCUAUAAUAUUUAUGGAUGAGCCCACAUCUGGCUUAGACGCAAGAGCAGCUGCGAUUGUUAUGAGAGCAGCGAAGAACAUAGUUGAAACGGGAAGAACAGUUAUUUGCACAAUCCACCAGCCAAGUAUUGAUAUCUUUGAGGCAUUUGAUGAGUUGAUUCUAAUGAAAACUGGAGGACGCCUUAUCUAUUCUGGACAGCUGGGUCAGCGGUCAAGCGCACUCAUUGAGUAUUUUGAGAAAAUUCCUGGAGUGCCUAAGAUUAAGGACAACUAUAAUCCGGCAACAUGGAUGUUAGAGGUUACUUCUCAAUCUGCAGAGGCUGAACUUGGGGUAGAUUUUGGACAAAUUUAUGAAGGGUCCACCUUGUACAAGGAGAACAGGAAGCUGGUUGAGCAAUUGAGUUCAAAAACUCCUGGUUCAAAGGACUUGCAUUUUCCUACCCAAUUUUCACAGAAUGGCUGGGAACAGCUCAAAGCAUGCCUCUGGAAACAGAACUUGUCUUAUUGGAGAAGUCCUCCGUACAAUCUGUUGCGCAUUUCUUUCAUAUCUUCUGGAGCUCUUUUGUUUGGCGUACUGUUCUGGCAGCAAGGAAAGAAUAUAAACAACCAACAAGACUUGUUCAGUAUGCUUGGUGCAAUGUACACGGCCAUAAUGUUCUUUGGAAUAAACAAUUGUUCUACAGUUCUGCCUUAUGUUUCAGCAGACCGGACAGUUCUGUACAGGGAAAGAUUUGCUGGAACGUACUCUGCAUGGGCCUAUUCAUUAGCACAGUUGUUAGUUGAGGUUCCUUACUUGUUCGCUCAAUCAGUUAUUUAUGUGAUUGUCACAUAUCCUAUGAUCGGUUACUCCUUGUCUGCCUAUAAGAUAUUCUGGUCUCUCUAUGGGAUGUUCUGCACGUUGCUUUGCUUCAACUACCUGGGGAUGCUGCUCAUAUCAGUGACACCAAAUGCUCAAGUGGCUAUCAUUUUAUGCUCAAUCGCAUUCACAACAAUGAACUUUUUCGCUGGAUUCAUUGUACCGAAAAAGCGUAUUCCAAUGUGGUGGAUUUGGUUGUAUUAUAUUUGUCCCACAUCUUGGGCAUUAGAGGGUAUGUUCACCUCGCAAUAUGGAGAUCUGGACAAAGAAAUAUCAGUCUUCGGCGAAACCAAGACUGCCUCAGCUUUUAUAGAGGAUUACUUCGGGUAUCGUCAAGACUUUUUGGGUGUUGUUGGUCUUGUACUUAUCAUCAUUCCCAUUGUCAUCGCUUCUCUUUUCACUUAUUUUAUUGGAAAAUUGAACUUCCAGAGAAGGUAAAUUCUGUAUUCAUAUUUGUCCAUUAUUGUAUCCUUCGAGGUUAACAUUGCUUAUUUUCAUGGAGAGGAGGAGAAUGACUUGUGGUUAGACAGUUGAUGACCAUGGAUAGCA